AUGAUUGCAUCCGCGUCUGGAACCUCAGAGGCACAAUACCUCAUGCUGCGCUCUUACAGAGGAUUGGCUAUUAUCCCAAAGUAUUUUGCCAUGAGAGGGCUGGAGUUUGGAAUGACGCCUGCGAUUCUUCAAUCGGCAGACGAAAUUUUCGUUGGAUCUGUGGAAUGGCAUCGAUUCUUGGAAAUUGUGGAGUCUGGUGAUACAAUCGACGAUAUCUUCGAAGAUAAUCCCAGAUGGCCGGGUUCCUUUGAAGCUGCUCAAAGGCUGCAAGAGCAAGCAGAAACGGAAGCCUCUAGCCUAACUCGACGCGGGCUACCUAUCCGCAAGGUCGAGCUCCCGAUGGCUGAGGACGAGGCAACAGUUAAUACUUCGGAAAUUGUGUUUCUCCAGGCCAUAUCACACCUGGCUAAAGCAACUUUUACCAGCUCUAAUCUAGAGUGGGUUCAUAACAGGGUGCAUUUGAGCUGUCCUGUACAGAAUGGAUUUGAAUCGUUUACAGAUAGAGCACUUCGCUCCAGGAAGGGAGAUAGUAUUUUCGGUAUUGUGGAGGCAAAGAAAAGAUCUCGCGAGCAAGAUGAUCAGAAAAUAUCAAUUCAAGAGACCUGCCAACUUGCCUCCUGGCAUAUGAAGGAGGCAGCAGUACAACAAGCUUGCUUCAAUGGACAGUGA